GGCGGGUCUGUCCGUUGGACGUCUGGACGGACAUAGACUCAGACCAGCGGCCAACGUUAAUUCAUCCUCCGCUCUUAGAAUCGGACUCUCAUUACUAAUUUAAUAAAUCAUGACGCUUAAAGGGGCUGUGUUGGGUGAGCCUCGGGUCCAACUUUGGUGAUUUAACCAUGGUAACUAAAAGGAAGAGGGCUUCGGCUACCACAUAAAGUCAGUUGACAAACUGUGGCGGACGUUAACGGAAGAAUGGACGGAGUGAAAACUGGCCCUCAACAGGACUGAACCUCCCGCCCGGGUUUCCUCGGGCUCCAUGUCACCCUCCUCUCCGUGCCAGAUGCCCCAGCGGGGCGAUGGCUGCUACAAGCCGGCACCGGUGUCCCCUGCUCCGCCUGUGCCCCCGCGGAGGGUCCGGAGCCGGGACAGAGGCUCGGGCAGGACGCGGCGAUCCGCGGCAGGGUCGGUAGGAGCCGGAGCAGCGGAGAAGCGGGUGAAGUGCGUCCUAGUCGGGGACGGGGCUGUGGGGAAAACCAGCCUGGUGGUCAGCUACACCACCAACGGCUAUCCAACCGAGUACGUCCCGACUGCGUUCGACAACUUCUCAGCGGUGGUAUCAGUGGACGGGCAGCCAGUUAAACUACAACUCUGUGACACAGCUGGACAGGAUGAGUUCGACAAGCUGCGCCCUCUGUGUUACACCAGUGCAGAUGUGUUCCUGCUGUGCUUCAGCGUCGUCAGCCCUGCCUCAUUUCAGAACGUUCCUGAGAAGUGGGUACCAGAGAUUCGGAAACACGCUCCCUUUGCGCCACUGGUUCUUGUCGGGACGCAGUGUGAUCUCAGAGAGGAUGUCAAGGUCCUCAUCGAUCUGGCGAAGUACCGUGAAAGACCUGUGGACCCAGUGGAUGCCCAGGACUGUGCGAUGGAGAUUGGAGCAGUGGCCUACUUAGAGUGCUCUUCGCUGACCCAAAAAAAUCUCAAGGAAGUGUUUGACACAGCCAUAUUGGCCAGCCUGCAGAACUACAGCUCCCAUAAGCACCAAAGGGGGAAAAAGAAACGCAGAAAAAAGCAAAGACAGACACCGGACAAGAUGAAAAGUCUGUCAAAGUCGUGGUGGAGAAGGUACUGUUGUGUGGCCUAGACGAGACUUUAUUCUUGUCUGAUUCAGCUGGGUUUUAGUUGACAAGCACAGAAAGGUGAUUUUCUCUUUAAAAGGAGACGGAUACAGGACCUCUCCUGGACUGCGGCUGGGAAGUGUCACAGAUGUAAAAUAUUUUGUUUUUAGCCACCAUUCUGGAUUCUGGAUGAGAUUUACUACUGAGCCUCCCUGCAGGAGAAGGUGGUGUUGUGUCUCCUGGAAUUAAACUGGCAUGAACCAGUUCUAUUGUGGGACUAGCAGAAGAUGUGAUAAUAUUGUUCAGGAUUAGACUGGUACAGAUUUGAACAGGAACUUGGAACUGUGUUUUCUCUGGAGUUAGAUCCAACCUAUAAUGGAUUUAUGCAGCCUGGUUACGAACCCUGGAGGGGAACUGGACUGUCUUCAGAAUAUAAUUGUUAUUAUUGGUGGCUUAAAAACUGUGCGUCCAAUUCCUGGUCCUUUUUUUUUUUAACUUGCUUCUAAAUUUAGUCUGGUUUCAGAUGCCCAUGAUUAGAAAGAACUGCUGACUGAAAUAGACCAGACCAGACCAAACGUUGUCAUUUUGUAGUUUCUGACCCAGACAAUGAUCGGUGGCUAUAAUUAUAGUCAGAACAAGUCCAACCUUCAGUUAAUUUUAGAGCUUCUUUUUAUAACUGGGGCCAUUGUUAUUCAUAAUGAAAAAAAAAAAACAUUAUUAAACUGUUAAGUAUUUCCUGGUGACACACAUGUUUAGUCUAUAACCUGGAUCAGGUUUUCCCCUUUUAUUGUAGUGCUGAUCUGGACAAUUAUGCUGUUAGAUCUGGCAUGAAAUUAAGCAUAGUUUUCAGCGUGUCCUGACAGAAAAAGGUUUGGUGAGGCUUAGGCUUUGGAUAGGUGCCAAUCAUGUCUUUCUUCCUGUGCUUUGAUCAAAAGUGAGAUUUCAAAGAAUAAGGAGCCAGAUAAUGAAGAAAAAAAUCAUAAUAUGUUAAAAAGCAUGUCUGAAUAUCCACUGCUCUCUAACAGCAAGUUGUAUCUUUAGUCAAGAAGAUACAACCUGGAUCCAGGACUCAGUGACCCACUUUGGGUUUCCACUGAUAGCUGUGGUAUUUUAUCAUCUUCAUCUAGCCCCCAUGAUUACUGAAAGACUGAACAAUCUGUUAAAAUAGAGUGGUACCAGUGUGGCGUGGUUAAAUAUAAAUCUCUGCACUGUGCUGGUGACUGGUGCUUGACCUUAAUCGGGCAGGAGGACAUUUUAUAAUUCAUGAUCGCAUUGUUCCACAAACGAGAACGUUGCUCAGUGCAGUACUCAAGUGGCUCUUUUCACAUGGAAAUGAAGAAUUCAGUUUAAAACUGAGACAUUCGAAUCUAAAUCAUCUACAGGCACAAGCUGCAAGGCAGGCAAAUAAAAGCCGAUUGAUGUUAGAUAUUUGUUCUGCUUGAUGUGGUUUUGAUUUAUCUUUGCAGACACUUAAACAACCUUAACUAUGAGCACGUAAUGUAAUUAAACCAACCCAGUGCUCUUUGCAUGUGCUUGUUUCUGUAAGUUUGCAAAAAAAGAAAAAGAAAAAAAAAAGAAAGUGACUUCACCUUUUCUCUUCAAUGCAGUUAAGACUGUGAAGUUAGAAUUUUGUACUAGCAAUGUUAACCAUCCAUUUUUCUGCCCUCACUGUUAUAGCCAACCGUGUGUUUCCUGUCUUCUGUGAUAGUGCUUGCAGGCUGUCCUUUCUCAAAUAGAUGUAGCUUUA